CGGCCGCGGGAGGUUGUUCGGGCGGAGGGAGAGGCCCAGGGAGCCCGUCCCAGCGCAGCGGCAAGCAAGGCAGGCAAGCAAGCAGCAGAGGAGGCUCGCCGGCCCCUGCACACGGCGACGCCGCCGCCAACCUUCGCAGCGAGCGGGAGCAGCAGCAGCAGCAGCAGCAGGCCAGCCAGCCUUCAGCCCUCGGCGCCUCAUCCCUCGCCCACUCCACCGGCGGCAGCAGAACAACGACAUGGCCGCGUAAAAAAGCCCGCUGCCUCGCACGCGUCCUCAGCUGAAAAAUCUCCCUCUCCUCGCCGCCGCCAGGGGCCGCCGCGAGCGUCCCACGCACGCGGAGCGCGGGUUGGCCGCGAUGACCCCACGUGACCGUAGCGCGCGAAGCACGAUGGGAUCGCCGCGCACCCCGUCGUCUGCAACGCUCGAGUCGGGCGCCGCUUCAGUGGGCGAUCAGCCGCUGUCGGUGCCGGUGUGUUCGAAAGGGACCGCGUGUAUCCUACAGCGCUGCCGUGCGUGCUCCUCUCGGCGUGUCGUCUGCUGCUGCUGCCAGCGUUAAGCAACAGCGUCGUUCGUCGCAGCCGAUCCCGGCCUCGACUGUCGUGACUGACAUCCUCGUGUGUUUCGACGCCCGCGAGGGACUGCUCCACGACGUGUCGACGCGACGACGAAGUCGACGACCAGCACGGUUCGAGCCGUGAGGCCGUCAUUCCGUGUUCGACGCCAGACGCCUAUGGCAUGGGGGUAGAGGUCAGCCCACUGCAUGCCCUCAGAUUUAAGAGUGCAGCAGCUCCCGUAGCCCCGCCUUUCCAUGUGAGCGCCAUGUUCUCGGAGGCGCAGCCCCGCGGAAUCAAGCGCAAGGCGCACUCGCUGGACGACUUCUCCGACGGUGGUGGUCUCGACGAAGAGGAGGACGACGAAGAGGAGGACUCUAGCUCCUCCAGUUCCUGCUCAUCGGCCAGCUCAACCACAGGUGGAUGCUCGUCGGGCGAGGACGCCCGCUCCUUGUAUUCGCGCCGCCAGCACGUGGUAUUUAACAUGAGCAUCUGCAAGCUGGCCCGUUUCCGGCAGGCACCCGACCCCAGCCUUCUGCGCUCGGUACUUGUGUGCAACACGUUGCGGGCGCUCGAGCGGGAAAUGAGGCCGCCCAGAGGUCCCGAGCCGGCGACGCUCCCCACGGCUGCUGCCACGUCACCCCAUCACCCCCACCACCCUCAUCACCACCAUCACUCGCCUCACCACCACCACCACCAUUUGCACGGCGCCACCACCAACGGCGGGCUCGGAGCCGGUCACCACCACCUGCCGCAGCACCAGCCGUACGGCCCCGCGACGCCCUUCCACAAUGGCGGCUACGGGGACGACUACGACCGGUCGUGCCCUCCUCCCGGGGACAGCGGCCGCCUGACGCCCUUUGUGCGAUCUCCCGCCGAACCGCCGGUUUCCGGACCUCCUCCCACGCCCCUGUGGACUGACGAGGACAGGUUGCCGAGUCUCAACUGGAGCUCGGUACUCAACUUCGGCAGCGGCGCGCCCGUCACGCCGCCAGCGCCUACGGUGGCCGAGCCGGUGUCCUCGGCGUCGGCGUGCGGCAUCACCGACCCUGGGUGCGGCAGCGGCGGCAGCAAUGGCUCGGCGCCCCUCUACACCCUGCUGCCGGCGCACAACUCGCCCGCGGCCGCCAUGGUGGUCACUUCCUCGUCGGCAUCUUCCUCGGUGCUGCAGACGAGCCCUUCCUCUUCCUCGUCCUCGCUGGCCAGCAACAGCAACAGCAGUGGUGCGAGCAGCAGCAGCGACGAGAUCUUCGGCGACAUCGACCUGUCCCUGUACGACUUCGACCUGCUCUCGCCGCUAUCGCCGCCGCACGUCAAGCUGGCGCCGGUCAGUGCCGAGGACCUCAUGCGUUCGCUGGCCGCGUCGCAGCAGCAGGCGGCCGACUGCGUAGUCACCACCACGGCCGCGUCCCCGUCGGCCGCCACAUGCCAGCUGGUCGCCUCUUCGGGCCAGCAAAUCAGCUUCGGCUACAAGGGACUCAUGGGCUCCGAGGACCACGUGGCCACCGUCAUGUCCUGAGGCGGGGCGCGAUCGUCUGUGUGUCGUCGUUUCUGGAGAGGCCUUUCUCGUCUUCUGUAGCCUCUUGGUCCCAGCCCUCUCUCUGCCGGCGUGGCGGAGGACAGCGCUUGCUUUGUGUACAUAGGACAGUUGAGAAAGAAGCGUUGGGAGGAAGUAAGUGGACUGUAUCGCGCCGAAUCAUCAUCUAAAGAGUGCCGACAUUUACGUUGCCAAAGAGUCGCGACAGCUCAUUGUGUGUGUUUGCGGGCGGUGCGCUGCUGCUGUGUCUCGCUUGCAAGGAGUUCCUCGCUCCUUGCGUUCGCGUGAAAAGGUCCUCCUGCUCAAGCCGAGAGUGGGUGGACAGGCUUACUAAGCUGGUGAUAUAAGUGCGUUCGAAUGUAAUUCAUUAGUUCGAGGGGCAGGGCUGGUUGGAAAAGAUUCACAUGUCUCAUCUGGGCCUCAUGGCCCCUGACCUGCCACCUCUCGAGUACUGCGCGGCCCAGCCUAAUCAUCGUCAACCAUACUCUCGCGUGAAGCGAUCGCGCCACGGGCGACGAGUGUCUCUGAGGCAUUACAAAUGGGAGUUCUGCGACAGCGCCGGUGGUGGGCAAGUCAUGCCUUCGGUGUACAAUAAUGGUCUUACAUCUCAGCUGUACUCUACCUAGUCUCAUUAACCCACUGGCGGUCCACCAUUCUGAGCUUCCAAUACAACAGCUAAUUGGCCAUUUCGGAUGCUCCAUGUUGUGGCGUCACUCCCGCACGUUAUCUACAACUGCGCCCGUUUGUUCGUACUAAGCUCGCCAAUAAUGCUGGUUAGCUACGUUUCAACCCCUCUGCGUAUGUAGUACUCUGCGCGGAGGUGGGAAGCCUUAUAUGAGCUGACAAAAGUCCGCUACGAGAAAUGAAGACAUGACAAGCCGCAACAGCCGUGCUAAAUUGUCUAGGACGAUUUUAACUGUAUUGUAGAAACAAAUGGAGCAGAAAAGCAAAGAGGCGAGGAGGCAGUGGCGCCGACUACUGGCCGCGGAGCAGACUUGCCCGCCGCCUCUGUUCAAAUCGGGCCGAGUGCCUAUCCUGUUUUUUACGCAGCCCGAAAAACCGGGCCCUCGCGUCGGCGUACUCUCCUUUCGGUAGCGGUAGCGGUGGGUUGCGAGAGAGCAACGACCGCCGCAGCGGAGAGAUGGCGCCACGCUCGGCAGAGACAUCCUUCCAGACCUCUUUCUCCUCGCCUUCCUCCGCGUCGUUCGCCCCGUUUUUUUUUUCUUCUUCGCGAGUCUCAGAGGCACUCGUCGUUCGCGAAAAUCUCUCGGCGUCGUCUCCGCGGUUGGGCUUUCCAAUUUCGCGCGGCGAGCUCACGCCUCGGCUGCCGCAAUGUUUUCACUCGCAUCCGUCGGCGUCGUCGACGCUGCUACGCAUGCGCGCGUCAUUUCCUCUUAAAUGGCGAAAUGUGGUGCUGGUUUCGAAACCGUCUUUCUCGCUUUCUGUUUUAAAUCUUUUGCCGCGGGGUUAUCUCGUGUUUCUCGGGAGUACCUACACCCAGGCCCGUAGAUAAAGCGUACCGAGACCAAAAAUCGUUUCUAGAACCGUGGCUACACUGGGCUUAUCGCGUACUAUCAGGACGCGCUGCUGACGUAUUGACAAAUAGGUUUGGAAACUAGGCAUAAGCAGCUUUGAUUCUAAGCGCUAUGCUCAUGGGCUCUUAGCAGUUAGCUUCAGUUUGCUUCGAUUCACUCCUGCGAACCACUUACAGCGGAUGCGCAAUCGUCGCAUCGAAGUAGGUGUAUCGCAGCUUGUAAGCUGGAUGAUAACUGCAGGUCUACUCCGCACGACCUGAGCCUACUGAUACAAAGAUGCUGCGUUGAGCGUCACCUUAUGAUUGGCGUCGUCGCGAAUUUCCGUAAUUAGCUUCGAUUCCGUAAUUAGUGGGGUACGCUUAAUUUUUUAUGGGAUGUGUGGUCUCCCGGUGACGUCGGCGACAAUCUUGGGCACAGAUCGCGUUCUACGGGUAGUCCCUGGAAGACGCGCAGUGUGUCUUCCGAGACUGGUGGCACAAAUGACACCUUCUUGACUCCUCGCGCGCCUUCCCAUGGACGGCGUCCCAAGAUUUUUUGGUGCGAACUGCGUGUUUUCCGCGGCCUUACAUAAUAAUAACAGCGCAUGUGACUUACCAGACAGAAGCCAGCGCCAUGUAUCGUCUCCCAAAGCUUGCUUACGUGUUCUGCGAAGCCUUGUAUGUAGCCGUUGGUGCGCGUUCAGCUUAUGUGCGAGUUGCGUCGUCCGAGCUUCCGCGCAAACUCUGCCAGGGGAAUGAAAAAAAAUACAAAAAAAAUGUUGUGUGGGGAGGGUAGGAUAGUCGAGUAAGGCAGCUAUCGUUGACGGUUGACCGCACAGCCGCGUGCACUCCACUGGGAAGAAAACGUGCCUUUGUUACUAUGUUGCACCUCAGUUCGUCUUCGUCGUAUUUUACUCCUUAAAGGGUGCACACCCCGUAGAGGUGCAAAACAUUCCCAAAAAGAAGCACUCAAAAUUCUUUGCGUGCUUCGACCUGUUCAAGGUUCAAAAAGCGAAAUUAACAUUUAAUUCGUUCGAAAGCUGGAGUAAUACGACUAGACGAGACGGAACAGCAGGGGUGUAAAAUGUGCACGUUUUUGUACACCCUUUUUUUCCCACUCUUACUGCAGCGGUAAUGCGUCGCUUCGAGACCACGGAAAAGUGGCAUCUGCCGAAACUCGACUUGGGAACUUUUUUUUUCGUUUGUGAUAAAAAAAGAAACAAACCCCGUUAAACUGUGAUAGGACGCAUCAACUCUCUCGGACCACGCAACUUUUAAAGCAAGAAUGAAAAAAAAAAGCACUGUACGUUCUCACGUUCGAUGCCAACAGCAGCGACCACACGGCAACAUUUGGUGGUGUUGUACAUAUUAUAUCAUCUUUUUAUUUUUUAUGCCCAUUCUUGCCGCACCUUCUUUUAGUAUCCUUGUUGUGCUUUUGCCGAUAGAGAAGAGUAUUAUGAUUAUUAUUAUUGCCAUCACCAUUGUAUGUUUACUCUCUUCGGCGAAGUAUUGAUAACUGGUGUAAAUAUGUGCGCGUGUUAAGUUGUGUUAUUGGUUUUUUUUUUCUCGAAUAAUUUGUUGUUUUCCACAACACAGCCGCACGAAAUCGCCUUGUAUAUACAUAGAGUACAUAUGUGAAUGUGCCGCGUACGCGAGGUUCCAUACUGUGCAUAUACUUGUGUAAGGGCUGGAUCAGCACUGUAGAAAAAACAAACUGCCAACUCUCGAAGCGCCUCCUCGCAUUUUUUUUUUCGGCGCCAAUAUUGAGCGCUGUAGUUUUUUUUUUCGAAAAUAUUUUGUUUAAGUUCACUUUUAAAGUACAGCUACUAGAUAAUGGGGUUAAAAAGAGCAACACUGUCCACGCAGCCAAUAGCAAGCAACAAAAAGAAACCCUAAGGUGUUUCUAGCCAUCCUUUGGUGCAUAGCCACAUUAGCUUAACAAACGAAUCGGGGGGAACUUCUUUUGGCACUUGAUCCGGAAAUGUUAUAUUUGACUCCAGAAAUGGGGUGUCAAGUCCUUUCAGCUUGCUGCUCGCUAAACGAGUUGUUAGGAACGAAAGUUGAAGGGUCGCCUUUCGGGAUUUGGCAGUCGUGCACUGUGAAAGCUGGCCAGCCUGUUUUAUAUCUAUAUAUAUAUUUUUUUUCUGUUAUCACCCCACGAGACAGCUCAAACUAAACACCCAUUGUAUACAAAAUCCUUUGGAGACGAACUGAAGCUUCACCUCGACAAUGUUCACGCUCAUUAUUAUUGUUCUUUUUUUUUGUGCAGACCACGCAGAAAUGCGUAUGUGAUUUUCUUUUAUUUGUACCUACCAAAAUUUAAUUUGCUUCAUUGGGAAAAUUGCGUUAUACUAAGGAUUUGACAUUGCAGUUAUGUUACAGACACGAUAGUCCUCGCUGUUCAUUAGCGGCAGGCAAAAAUUGCGGCUGCCAACAACACGAGCCCUUAAACUGAACCGCGUACACAAAAUUAAUUCACUGCGACUUUCCAAUGUUCAUUUGCAUGGUGCAAUCGAAAGGAUGUCUGUCAUAGUCUCCGUGAAGGAAUCAUUGACACAUUUUUGUUGUCACUGACCUACGUAAACCUAAAAAAAAAAACGCGUACAAAUUUUACGAAAGGCUUGUUCUGCGCUUACGCCAUAGUCUGUGCAUAGCUUAUGUCGACCUGUCCGGUCAGUUUCAAGUGCAUGAUAAUCACGCCGCUGUGCAAUGCUAAUAUCUUUUUUUAUUUACGAGUUACAAUUAGGAAGGCAAUUAUCACAUUCUUUAUGAAACCAGGGCAGAUGUUCUCGGUUUCUUCCAAAUUGUUUUUUUUUUCCGCGUUGUAACAAGUAGCGCGCCAUUCCAGUAGUUUAUUUCGUGGCUCCUUUCAUAGAGGAGUGUUUCCGCAUGUUAGUCCACGCUGCGAUGUCAGCAUACCUGAGACAGGCAGUCAGCGCAAAGAUAUUGCUCACACAGCUUGUUUUGUUUGCUUAAGGUAUUUAAGAGAUGGUCUGACUCCGUACGGAGUGAUGGUAUUCAAGUCCACGCAGUGCCAACAACGGUAAAUUUCCAAGGAAAAAAACAUUGCACGACUUCACAUACGGAGAAAAAGUUUCCUGAUAGCUGGCCGGACAGCGUACGCCCCCGCGUCGCGUUUUAGCUUUCCGUUCGCUAACGUGGCAUGAAGCCACAUCAUCGACAAAAGUCGUAACGUCUUUGCACUCGCCAGCGUUCCCUUUGCUAAUUUGUUUUUUAAUCAAUUCUCCUGACAUCAACACAGCAAACCAGCACUGCUUGAAGGGACUCCGUUUUCGCGGCCGUCCGAUAUGUGGGGACCGGGAUAACGGAAGGUGCCGCGAUCUAACGAAGCUCGAUGGCGCCGAUUUCGGAGGUCACCCCGAGUCUCAGCCAAUCGACGCGCUCCUUCUCCCCAAGACGCGACUGCAGCGCCGCCAUUUUUCGUCGCCAUCGCGGAGCCCGGGCUUCGUCGACGAGCUAUGCGAAACUGAACCCGUUCUCGCGUCGUUGGUGGCACAAGUCGCACUUUUAAACAACGCCAGCUGUAGAUCUCAGUUGCUCGCCAGGGAAGGAAGGUAGAGAAAUUAUCCGCGCCCGACAGCAGCCGUCAACUUAACCGCGUUUCCAUCGUAGCGCUUCGCUACGCUCAACCUGCAUGAACGCGAACACACACUCAACACAGACAGAUACAUUCAUGCUGUGAAACCUACACGUACUUUCUCGAGCAGCUCCGCCUGACGCAGGUUUGCUGUAUCCACAUGACGAGAAAUCAAAGCUUCAAUCAAGGCGCUAUAGAGGGAGCCUCUGACUCGUACCCGAUCGCCUAGGAAAGAAGGGACGCUUCUUGCGAAAGCAAUAAUGUUGCGGUGCGCUCUUUUUUGUCAUUGCCACCCGUGUUCAAGCAGUUAUCGCAAUAAAGGGGGCGGGGCACUUCAGUUAUUGGUUGAGAUACCGCGUCGAGGGCAAUACACACGGUUGAUCGCGUGAGUCACGUGAUGAAGAGACUGGGCCUAUUUUCUUUCUCAAUUGAGUCAGUGCGGAAGGAUUUGGUCAUGUAAAAAAAAAAGAGAUAAGAACGCGGCUCGAUUAAACAGAGCGCCCGUCUCCCCCCUUAUGCUCGGUUCUCAGCACCAGGUGGCUAGUUAUCCUAUUCUAUACUACUCGUAGCGCUAUGCUUGCAAGGCCUCGUCUACUUCGAAUGUAUCUGCGGAAGUGUCACUUCGAAGGAAUGAUCUGAUAAGUACAAGUAUGCACAUGAACAGAGCUCCCGCCACAGAUGUUAACCACCGCUUACAUCAGUCGGCAUGGCUGUGCCAGAGACUAAAUCCCUUGAUACGGCUGAAUGACAAGACGUAAAGCCAAAAGCGAAAAACCACUGAGAAGGAGCUUGAUCCUGAUUGGGGCAGAAUUUCGAACAUGGUGAAAUGACCCUCUGGUUCGGCAGUCAUUCAUCGACACGCAUCGACAACUCGCUCUCGUUAGGCUUAGAUCAGGGCAAUGCCCGUCGGGUGGUAGGGGUUGUGUAUUUUGACAGUGCAGACGUUUAUUAAGCGGCCGUUCAGGAGGUUUCAGCCAUUUUUUACUUACCGAAGCUUUUGUCUCGCUAGCGAACAUUGGACGCUAUUUCUUGUGGUCUUUCGUCUUCCUUCAUUACUUAAAAAAAAAAAAAAAACUAAUGCGAUAUCAGAUCGCUAAAGGUCCGCAGGUAUACAGUGACUUGGAACUAUAAGUGAGGAAUGCCUGGAUUUGACCCCCAAGUGGAGAGAGAAGCGUAAAAAGAACGGGGCCGGCAUAGGUGUUUCGAGAAAGUGCCUUUGUGUUAGGGUGACUCCAGUGAGAUUCUGAAAAGAUGCGAGGGGCAGAAUGAAGACAGCUUGAGUAAAGGGACGCAGCGACUUAUCAAGUUGAUGCGAUUGGAAAUCUCGACUCCAGCAGAGCGCUUUUAACGUUAUCUACGGUCCUUUCAAGUGAAACGCAACCAGCGCCGACGGUAGACGCCCGCGGUGGAUGCGCAGAUGGCGCCUCGUGCGGCAGUGUCUUGCGUCGGGUUACACACUGAUCUCAACUGCGUUCAAUAGUGUGUGGACGAUUGUUGAUAUGCGCACUGCUGCUCGCGUCACUUCGCCAAUCAGCUGUAUCCAUUGCCUCCCAACACAUUUGCUCUCAUUCAGCCGGACAGCUAAGGUGACCUGCAUGUCACCGUUUUAUUCUCACGCCCUCGCAUGCUUGAAGGAUUAGUCUAGUGCGCUUCCGGUAACAUGCACAUCGUGACAUCACGGAAGUGGAAGGGGCAGCUGGGCUUGGUUCCUAUCUAAAACGUUUCAGAACUUCAGGUGUCGCGUUAAGAUGAAAGGAUACCUUCGCCGGAGUCAGUUCUGGCAAGACUGUUCAGUGCUUUCCGGUCAGUGGGAGUAGACGUAAAGUGGUGAUAGUGCAGACGGUGCCGUCAAACACUCGCUCAGCUUCAUCAGCCAACUGUCUAAAGAGUGUGUCACUUGGAAUGCUGGCUGUGCUUUCAGCAGAGCUUAUACUAAGUCGAUGGUCGGCGAGCGGAGUGUCGAUGCGCGAAAGAGAUAUACAGGGUGCUGUGCCAUGCGCUUGUCAUACAGGAGGUUCCGCAAUGCCAGACGGGAUAUUCAAUGCUUGCUGCUAAAACGUAAAAAAAAAAGAAAGGAGUUUGCAAAGGACGCCAGGUCUCUUCAGCCACAAAAAUGCAGUUUGAAAAAAAAAAAAAAAGAAGACAGCGAGGUUAUUACAAUUCCGGAAUUUCGAUCCUGACGCGGUAUUUGCGGUCAGUGAGGUUCCCGCACCUCGUCAAUGGACGUCGCUAAGUGCUCAUGCUCCAAGCGUUCCUCACAAUAUGCAGGGAACGGGCUGUCGAGAAUUAAGGUUCAAUUCGGCAGAAGUCUUAAUAUCGCUGCGAAAAUCGGUGGUACGGCCGCAUCUCGUUUCAGCCUUCAAGCGGGUGCUUAUGCUUAGGCGGUCCGGGCCCCACAGCUUCGAACAAAUUCUUGCCAGGCCCCUGCCUUCGCAUGACAACGCCUAUCCGUGACAAGUUCGAAAAAAAAAAAAAAACAGGAACUGCUGCCGUUGCUGAUACGAAACACACAAACUGCACGGAAUUGUCGCGGAAGUCACCCUAAUGCUCACAUCCGGGUAGUGUUUUGUUCUCGUUUGCUCACUGGCUAAUCACGCGCUCACUCCCGCGUCGCUCAACCAAUCGCUACAAGUGGCGGUCCCAGACCACGCCUCCUCCCUCGCCCCAACUCAAACAACCGACGGUGCCAUUCCUAAGUAGGGGUGAGAAGAAGUACAUUGUCCCGUGCGCGCUGCAUGUUUGCCGCCACCUGUGUUAAAUCGUGAAAAGCUCAUUAAGUGGUACGGCCUCUUUCUUUUGUUCUCCAAUGUAGUUCAGUUUUGAAUCAUCAAGUUCGUUCACAGCCUUUCACUGUCCAAUUGCCUCGCCCAAGAAAUCGUGACAGAAGCGCUAAAAUAGUUUCAAUUCUUGCUAAGGUGUGAACAUCUUUUAACGGCAGAGGUCGAAAAUCAAAAUCAGUUCAGAGAAGCGAUUUGAGACCCAAUCACAAACCGCAAGCUAAAUGCUACAAGACUGAAAGCAACCGAUAUCUCCGUUAUGGACCGGUUCCUCCGGGCGACUGCGCGACGAAGAGGAUUUCUUUUUUUUAACGAGCAACUCACGGCAGGCAGCGACAAAGCAACUGAUAACAGAGGUGCGUGAAGAGAAUAGAUUUAUAUUAUAUAUACAUUAUAUAAAUAUAUUAUAUAUAUACAGAAAUGUGCUACAGGACGAAUAAGACGGGAGUAAAAAAAUGGAUGAGAAUAUAUUAUAAAUAUAUUUAAGGGAGCGCGAUGUUAUAAAGUGUAAUAUAUAUUAUACAUAUAUAAAUAUACGUCAGACGCAGUCACAGCCACACAACAACACGUGCACACAUACACUCACUUUUAAGCCACACACGGUCAUAAUCAUUUUUUCCCCGAUCUCCUUUUCUUUCGUGAUUCGAAAAGACCUUCUCUUCGCCAUGGCGUUUUCAUUGUUAUUCUUUUUUUUUUUUUUUUCAUCAUUCACUGUGGAACGCUUUCAUUUGCUUCAACCGAACGGGUGUUGAUUCUGUACCGUCUCCCAUUUUGUUUCUCUCCGAUUUCUCGAGCUGUGGAAUGCACAGAAAAAAAUAACUCUGAAGCCACGACAUCUUUUUUGCCAUAUAUUGUUACUGUUUAAGAAAAAAAUGUGCCACGCGAAAAAAAAAAAAAGACGUGUCGUGGUGAAAAAAAUGACAAAAAAGAAAAGAAUCUUAUUGAGUGAGAGAGAGAGAAAAGAAAACGUGUUACCGCUGUGAAUAAAAAUUUGAAUUGCGGGCUUGA